AAUCGACCAGCACAACUGCAUCCUGGUCCUCAUACUUGCGGGCUGUGCCACGAUUGUAUCAAGGUUUAGGUUAACAAGGCAAGUCUGUUUUCUCUGGUAUUUCCUCAUUUCAGGCCUAUACCACAGCUACUGGCUAGUAGUAGAUUUACAGAGUAGGCUAUACUAGUACAGCGCAUUGUGCAAUGUCUUAAUUUAAGGUGACAGACUUUGGUUUGAUUUAAAAACAGUUCCGACCAAAGUAGGCGCGGAAGAGGGAAUAUCCACGAUUUCCAACUCCACGAGGUGCUGCUACACCAACCGGAGUUAUUAGUCACCUGUCUGUGUGACACGGAAACAAGGCGUGACUCUCAGUAACCUGUCAUGGAUUUACAAAUAAAUGGUCUGACUAACCUGAAGUGACGGCUGAUGAAACUAUAGUGACCGAAGCGGUGGAAGGCAACUUCGGUCGUAAUUGAAACAUGGUCACAGUGGUUCCGCGCUUGCAGUGGGGAGCGGUGGCCCCUCGGUGCCGUAAAAAUUUGAAGGGUCCAGCCCAGAGAGCUGUGAUACACCACACUGCGCUGAGCUACUGUGAGAGUCCCUGUGAAUGUGUGGCAGAGCUCACCCGCAUCCAGACAAUGCACAUGCAAGACAGAGACUUUGAUGACAUUGGAUACAACUUUCUUGUCGGUGGAGAUGGUACUGUGUAUGAGGGUCGUGGUUGGGGUAUAGUCGGAGCACAUGCCAAGGAAAACAACCAUGAUUCUGUUGGCAUUGCAUUGUUGGGCAACUUCAACAUUGAUAGCCCCAGUCCUGCUGCCUUGUCUUCUGUCAGACAGCUUCUGCUGCACGGGAUUUCACAGGGAUAUCUGGACACUAGAUAUAUCCUACUUGGACACAGUGACUUGAGAGACACUGAAUGCCCAGGCAAACGACUUUAUGCUUCUCUACAUCAAUGCAAGCCUACCGAUUUUUGAUUUUGGAAGUGAUUUAUGUUCCACUAGGUGAAGCAACAGUUUUUUGGCCAUAACCCUUGGAUUAAGCUUGGCACAUUAUGAUUUCUCACUGGAAUAGAAAAUGAACUAUACUGAUAUAUAAUUCAUUCAUACAUUUAUUAAAUUUAAUUUUUUUGUAUUUAAGUAACAA